AUGCAAUCAAAUUGCACGGCUCAGCGAACAAAACUCUGGCCAUCUACGCUACCUGAGCUACCAACAUUUUCCUCCAUAGAACAUCUAUAUACCAUUAUAAGACCAUGGUCAGUGGCCAGUUUCAGCGCCAGUUGUAUAUUCAGAUUCAGCUCUUGGAAAAACAGUGCCUUUGUCUUGGGCAACGCACUUACCCAACACUUUCCCAUUGUUUACUGCUCCGAUGGUUUCUUGGUGCUCACUCGCUAUCCCCGUGCGAGUGUGAUGUCCCGCAGCAGUAUGUGUCACUUUUUAUGGGGUCCUACGACAAGUGCCAAAGACCGAGCUACAAUACUGCACACGUUCUGCCAACAAACAGAGCUCACCAUGGAGCUUACACUGUACAAACGGACAGGUAAAGCUGGAGGUGACGGUGUGAUGUUUUCUUGA